AUGCCUAACGUUACCACCACAUCUGCUUUUCUGCUCCUGGAAUUUACAGAGGUCCAUGACCUACAGAUUUUAUACUUCUUUGCAUUCCUAGGAUUGUACUUGAUAGCCGUGGCCAACAAUCUUCUCAUCACUAUUUUGGUAACGACUGACCAUCACCUGCACACGCCUAUGUACUUUUUCUUGAUGAACUUAGCUAUUCUGGACAUUGGUUCCAUUUCUGUCAUGGUACCCAAAGCGAUGGCUAAUUCCCUCAUGAACAGCAGGUCAAUCUCUUAUCCUGGAUGUGUGGCUCAGGUUUUCUUUUUCUUUCUCUUUGCAACGGCAGAUCUUGCCUUGCUCACAAUAAUGGCACACGAUCGAUACAUUGCUAUCUGCAAUCCAUUACAAUAUGAGACAAUUAUGCACAAAGGAGCCUGCAUUCAAAUGGCAGUCAGUGCAUGGGUUAGUGGUAUUCUUAAUGCUACACUACACACUGGAGGUACUUUUAUAAUCACCUUCUGCUCCAAUGUGGUCAAUCAAUUUUUCUGUGAAAUUCCCCAGUUACUGAAGCUUGCCUGCUCUGACUUGUACUUGAUUGAAGUUGGCCUUCUUGUGCUUAACUGUAGCACUGUGCUAGGAUGCUUCACCUUCAUCACUGUGACCUACAUGAAGAUUUUUGCGACAGUGCUCAGAAUUCCAUCUGUGCAGGGACAGAAGAAAGCCCUCUCCACCUGUCUUCCCCACCUCACUGUGGUAUCUCUGCUUGUAUUCAGUGGGAUUUUUGCCUAUAUAAGGCCUCCCUCUAAUACUUCUUCUAAUCUAGAUUUAGUUUUUGCUGUGAUAUACACUAUAAUCUCCCCAUUGCUCAAUCCAUUAAUCUAUAGCAUGAGAAACAAAGAGAUCAAGACUGCAUUAUUGAAGCUGUUCCAUUUGGGACAUUUCUCUAAAAUCAUCUCAAGCACACUCGUUCUAUGA